AUGGCGACCUCAACACCUAUUCCCAUUCUCACUAUUUCUCUUGUUCGCCAUCUCCACGGGUAUGGAAUAGCUGAAAGCCUCCAAGUACAAUGGUCUGAGACCAAAGUCCCUGCUUCGACAUCAUCCCGCUUCACCAACAUCGGCUUUGACCUUGACGCGCAGGGCGGCAACCUUGACGAACUUGAAUCGCAGCUAAGAGAGAGAGAAUGGGGCGGAAUAAUCGUCGGAUGGUGUUCUCGUGGCAACAUUGAGUUCACGGAGCUAUUUGAGUCAGUUGUUACUGUCUGCGUCGACUAUAUCGUCGAAACGAAGAAGGGCGACACGUCGCGGAAAGAACCCAAGCUGAUCUUCUGUCGCGGACCGGACGACUUGGUCAAUGCAACACUGCGCAAUUUCCCCGGUCAAGACUAG